UCAAAACAAACAGAGGAAGAUGGAAAGAUGAAGGAAAAUCAUUUUCCAGGAAAAUGUUUUCCACCAAAACAAACGGAGCUUCAGUAAUUUAAAUAACGGUUUUUUUCACCAAGCCAAAUACCCUUGAGUUUUAACUUUACACAAAUUAUUGGGUGCGACAGUCCGCACCCAAUAGUUCAUGCGGCGAGAAGGUAGCGGCAGCGGUAGCGGUAGGUUCACCAUCCUUUCAUAAUCCAGAUCUACAACCCCAAAAUCCCAAAAUCAAAACAAAUUACAAAUUAAAACAAAUAAAUAACCCUAAAUCAAAAAAAAAAAUUUAAAUUGGAGGUUCUAAUGGCGCGGCGUCGGCGCCCAAGUAGCACUUUAGUAUUAUGUAACACUUGAUUGUAACACUUUUAUAUUAGAUAGCACUUGGUUGUAAUAUUUGAUAUUAUGUAGCACUUAGUUGUAACACUUUGAUUUUAUGUAGCAUUUGGUUGUAACACUUUAAUAUUAGUGGCAAAUGUUAAAAAAUAACAAAUAAAAACAAAAAAGUUCUUAUUCGAGUUAUCUUUCCUCCUUUCCUCCUUUCCUCUUUCCCAAUUCCUUAAUCUCAGUUUUCUUUCCCUCUCUUAAAACUCAGUUGGUCACUCACUGUCGCCACCCCACGCCGACGCCCACCCCACGCCGACACCCACCCAUUGGCGAAUGAAGUUCUCACCGGCCACCCCACGUCCCCACCCACUGGCCAAUGAAGGAUGUUACCCUACUAGGACACGGGCCAAGUGAAGAAUUAACGAUCCACACGUCCGUCGUCUGUCGAUCUUAGCAUUCUUGGCGGCCGUUGCUACUCACGGAGUAGGUCAGAGUCUUUCCGUUUCAGGAUGAUAUGUUUUGGUAAGAUUCUUAAAGAUUGUUCAGAAAGCUGGACUCUAUGCCCAUCUCAGAUUCAGACCUUAUGUCUGGGCGGAGUGGAAUUUCGGUGGGUUUCGUGUAUGGUUGAAGUAUGUACCAGGAAUCAGCUUCAGAAAUGAUAAUGGACGACCUUUUAAGAGAGCAAUGCAAGGAUUCACUGAGAAAAUCGUAACCUUGCUGAGGAGUAAUGAUCUGUUUGAGUCUCAUGGUGGGUCAAUCGUUCUCGUACAGGUUGAGAAUGAAUAUGGGAGACUAAGUGUGAGACUUGGAUUAGAUCAUAAGAAGGCAAUAACUACAUGAAUUGGGAUGCAAACAUGGUUCAGAGUACUGAUACAGGGGUUCCCUAGACCAUGUGCAAGGAUGAUGAUACUCCGGAUCCUCUGGUUUAUCGAGUUGGCUUUUUCUGCUGCAAGGUUCAUACAGACAGGGGGAUUCUUUGUGAACUACUACAUGUACCAUGGUGGGACAAACUUCAGGCGAACAGCUGGAGGUCUAUUUAUCACCACUUCUUACGAAUAUGAUGCUCCUCUUGAUGAAUAUGGUUUGAUCAAGCAGCAAAAAUAUGGUCACCUAAAGGAACUUCAUAAGGCAAUUAAGCUAUGUGGAUCAGCACUGGUUUCGUCUAAUUUUGUAGUUAUUCAAUUGGGGGAUCAUCAACAGGCUCAUGUAUUUCCUCGGAAAAAGGAAGUUGUGCAGCUUUUCUUUCAAACUAUGAUACAUAAUCUGGUGUGAGAGUUCCUUUCAAUAAUAAACUCUACACCAUGCCUCUCUGAUGGUCCAUUAGCAUUCUUUCAGAUUUGGAUUAAAUGGAUCAAAAUGAAGGAUUAGAUAUACUUAGAUAAACGUUCUUUUUUUUCCCGAGAUCAUAUCAAAAAGUUUGGAGUUGUCUGCUGUUAUAGCUGAAGCUGUCACUAUCAUUGUUACUGCUGCUUUGUUGUUACUGCUAUUAUUACUGCUGUUUACCGGCGUUACUGCUGUCUGUUGCUGUUAUCGUUGCCAUUGCUGUCUGCUGGUCUUGAUCUGCUGCAUUUACUGCUAGCUGGUGUACAGCUUCUGCUUUUACUGCUAGCUCGCUGCUGCUAUCUGCUGUUAUUACUGUGCGUGCUGCUGUCAGUUCGCUACUACGCUGACUGUUUUUGGGAAUUUGGUGGUCUAGAGACUGAAGUUGACUUUGUUUUUGUUUUGAUUAUUAGAUUGUUUAGCCAAACGAAAAAACUGGUGAUUAUGGAUGCUUGUUUGUAAGGAUUAUGAAAUGGUUUUAAUUCAAAUUAUUUUCUAUUGU